CAUGUGAUAUGCACUCUAAGGACAACUCCAUUCAUAGAUACUCUAGCAGCAUCACGAACGGGGAAAAACUCAAAAUGCAUAUCUAAAUAUAAAAAUAUUGUUAUUUAAAUAUAUUUCAUCUCUUUUUUUUCCAGUUGAUUGCAGUUCUUCUUCCUUCAAGGGUUUUGUUCUCACUCGUCUCUCUUCUCUCUCUCUACUCUGGCUCUUUGUGAUGACGACGAGAUUUGAUUCCGUUGACUGUCUUGGGCAAGACCCGCUAACCUCCUUAGAGAAAGCUUCGAUUUCUGGAGAAGAUUCGUCUGAAGACUCGAUAAAGGUCGUUUCUUUACAUGAGAAAGAAGCCCAGGCGAUGAUGGAUGUGGAUUGUCCCGGAGUCUUUUCUGUAUCCGAAGCUAGCUCCUCGUUUCUUGAUGAGGAUAAGGUUGAGCUGAAACAGAUCAAGGAAACGUCUGUUGAACAAGAUGAUGUGCACAAGGGAGACUGAUGGGUCUGUUGUUGUUUGUAUCUCUGAGAAGAAGGGACAAGAUGAUUCCACCGAUGUUGAGAGACUUCUGGAGGCUGAGAAGAGAAGACUGUUGGCUGAGAUCGAAACGGGAACUAUCUUCAGGAAGAAGGAAGAUGUCGUGGAGACGCUCGGAAAGAACGGAAUGGAUCUAAAGUGGAGCGAGUGAGAGUCAAGGACAACGCUUUUGUUGGGAUCAGGUCUAUGAAGAUCGAUAUGGUUGAUGUCACUGCGUUGCUCAAGAAAUUGUACCUUAAGGCUGCCUGGAAACGUAUGUUCGAUGAAUGAUCUUGUUGAGCUAUGGGAAAGGAAUAUUGAGAAGAAGCUUGAGAAAACUUGUGUUACUGAAAGUAAACUUCUCGAGAAGAUCAGAGAGACUCCAUAUCCGAGUGACAUGGAGAUGGUCUUCACAUACUCUGUUUUUAUCGAAGGACAUCACUCGUACUUUGACAUUGAUGAGUCUUCUGGUGGAUUGAAUGGUACUGAUAAUUGCAGGUGGAAUUAGGAACAAUGGAACAAGUACACGCAAGACUUGUCACUGCCUCACCAUGCCAACAAGCAGUGCAGGUCAGUUUGCCAUUGGUUCUGACCUGUGGUCUUGUUUUCUUCUUGUUUAGCACAUGUAUAUUGUAUUGUUGUAGUUACGUUGAAAGUGUAUUCACAAGUCUUUGUUCUUCCUU